GCAGUGUCGUGGAGCCUUGUGAAUGUAUACAGACUCACUAGGGCAGUCAUUUAUGAAACAAGAAACACUCGGAAUCGUACAAUUUUGGACGAAACUAAAAUCUAACCGUUGGAUUUCAUACGACGCCAUCUUGGUGAAUAAUUUACAUCCUGUUUGGGAUUAUUUGUGACUUCCUAAAUUAGGAUAUUUGGAUAUUUAGGAGAACCUGCACUGGAUUGAACCUUUUGGAGUAAAUUUUUAAAAACGCUAGCUUUUAUUCAUGUAAGUGUUUUUCAUGUAGUGUUUGUCAGAACUUAUUCUCGUCGCUUAAAUCGAACUAUACAAAACUAUCAUAGUACUGCCAUGCAGCGACAUCUUUUAAUGAAGUUAUAAGUUACGUGGACACUAUGAGUCUCGCAAACGCCCUUGCAGAAGGAAUGAACACUUACUAUGACUUAGAUGGCCCAGCAAGCCCGAACGGCUCGCCUAUGGACUCGACUAUACAUAUUGAUGAUAGUCAACCUCCCCCUGGGCAACAGUCACUGUUGAGGCUAGAUGGCAUGUUGUCUAACCUUCCCAUGGACUUAUACAUUGAAAAACUACUAGAUUCCUGCACUGAUACAGGUUUAUCCGUCCUUUGCUACCGUGAUCACUUGGAAACAAAAGCCCGUCUUUUACAAGACUGCCCCGACGGAGAUCUCAUUCAACGCGUAGGAGGUAAGAAACAGCCUAGGGACCUUAAACUAGCGAAGGACUGUUUCCUUCUUUGGUCGUUUCUUAAUGGUGAAUCUUCUUCCGAAGUUGCGCACAUUUUUAAGAAAACUCUUACGUCUCCCUCGAGUCAACGUCAGAGUACGUCUAGCACCCCAAUCAGGCAGCUGAAUCAACGUUGCACCCAGCCAUCUACUGCAAACGUUCAACAAACUCUGACGCGUCAAGCAAGCUUAUCUCAUGCCGAGUGCAAUUCGAAAAUUACCAUGCUCCAAGAAAAUGUACUUAAACUUGAGGCCGAUGUAGAUUCUUGCAAAAGCAAGAUAUCUUCCCUUGAUAAACGCCUACAGGAUGUAUCCCUGAAACUCGCUGAUGUGGAGAAUAGACCUAAACCAUCCUCAGUGUCGGAAUGCUCUCACAAGGAUAACGACUCCUUGUCAGCUAGUCUACAGGCAAUGACAGAGAAAAUAGCAAAAAUAAACACUGAAGUUGCGUCAAUGAAAACCUCUAUAGAUGUCCUUUCCAUUGCAAAAAUACUCGAAAAUCCUAAGUCAAUUCCUUUAUCGAGCACUGCUGUUACCGUCCCAAAGUCUGUAUGGGGCCCACCCACGCCUACGACCACGGAUCCAGCUAAGCAAAGCUGUACAAUUACACAAAGUGCAAAAACUGCCGGAACUUCCGUAAGGAGCCAGCCAAACAAAGACAUUCAUAUUGUAGCCUCCAAACCUGGAAAGACACAGGGAAAAUCGACGUGUGAGAUUAACGUAAAUACAACCCCUUCAUGUAAUCUUGAACCAGUGCCAUCCUCUUCAAAUUCAACAUCAAAGAAUGUCUGGAAAAAGGCUUCACAACUUAACCCUCAAAAGGAGAACGCCCUGGAUCGAAUGAAACUUUCAUCUAAACCUCAGGAGUCUACAACAACUUUGUCCCAUUGUAGCAUUAACUCGAGCGAUGACGAUUUUCGUGCUGUCUCACGUCAACGCCGAACACGCAGUUUUCACAUUAGCAGAAUUGAUCCGAAUGUAUCUGAACAAAAGGUAAAACAAUACCUAGCAGACAAGAACAUCACGGUUACAAUGUUCAGGUUCCUUAACACCACAAACACUCGCUCAAAAACUGCUAAAGUUAACGUUGAUGCUCACGAUGCUAAGCACCUUUCAGAAUCUACGUUCUGGCCAGAGGGCAUACGUUGUCGUCAAUGGCUCUCGAACAACCGAUAUUAUGAUGAAUUCGGCUAUGAUACAUACCGAUAUAACCAGGACCAGCAAGAAUCUCAUUAUGAAUAG